UCUGUUUCUCGCUGUGAGCCGUGGAGUGGCCCUCGCCUCGCACCAAUCGUUGCGGCAGCCAAUAUGUACCGGACGCUGGCGCUCGCCGCCGCGCUGGCGCCGGUCACCGGCUUCGCGCCGGCCCUCCGGGCAACAGCGAGGAGCGUCGCGCUGAAGGCCAAGUACACGGACGCGAACGGCAACCCCAUCAAGGCAGCGCUGAGCGCCUAUAUGCAUUUUUGCAACGACGAACGGGCCACGGUGACGGCAGAGCAGAAGCGGCUGGCGGGCGACUCGUUCAAGCAGACGCUCGUCAUGACGAAACUCGGGGCGCUCUGGCGCGAGCUGCCCGAGGCGCAGAAGGCGACCUACAACCAGAAGGCACGACGCGGUGUGGACAUCAACCAGUGGGUUAGGUUGUCGACCUCCACGCCAUCGAGCAGACGCAGGAAUGGGAUCGUCGUCGCGUCGAUGGCGUGGAACCUCGACGCUGUCGAGCAGCGUGGCCGCCCAACAUUUGAUUUCCACACAGGCUAAGGAGGAUAAAGCGAGGUACGACGCCGCGCUCAAGGCCGCCGGCGUGCUCACGAAGGCCGAGAAAAAGGCCCAGGGCCCGAAGCGGCCGCUCAGCGCCUACAUGCACUUCUGCGCCGAGCGCCGGCCGUCGCUCACCGAGGAGCUCAAGGCCCAGCUCGGCGCCGACUUCAAGUACACGCUCGUCAUGACCAAAUUGGGCGAGGAGUGGCGCGGCGUCGGCGACAAGUCCAAGUACGAGGCCAUGGCCGCGGCCGACAAGGCCUCGAAGGCGGCCUAG